AUGAAGAUUAUCCGUUGGGCUGUCCAACCGUACUGGGCUUCCUUCGUGACUUGGGCUCCUGAGUGGAAAAAGUUGGUGGUCUGCCCCCUGCUCAGGAUGUUGAGAGAUGGGGAGUGUUAUGCUGAGUCUCUCUCAAAGAGAAAGGUUGCUGCCAAAUCUUCAAGAGGUGAAGCUACUCCUUCGAACGCAAAGAAUGGAUCUCCAUCGAGGAAGAAGCCAAGGCUCCCUUUUGCUGAGAAGACUCAAGUGGGGUCUGCUCCAUCAUCAUCUGUCAGGGUCAAGCAUCUCGUGGGUGCAGAUAGCACGAAGGUUGGUGGUAUGUGCGGUGCUCGAGGUGUUCUGCCCGAGCCUCCUACUGACACGCUUGAAAACCAUGAUAUGCUUCGUGAAGCAGCUCGUACCUGGCCUAGUUCUGCCGAGCGUCAAAGAGAUGUAGAUAUUCCUCCUCAAAGUUCGAGUCAUCUGCAUCGGUCAAGAGAUGGAGAUCAAAGUGGGAAGUCUGCUCACAAUCUAGUUGUUGAGUCACGGGCAGUCAAGCGUGGAGUUGAUUUAGUAUCAUUGACUCAUUUGGAGAUGUGGUUGGCGAAGGCUAAGAAGACUAGGGAGUCAUCUGCCUGGGCUAAGGGAUCUUCAGUGUCAGCGGUUGAUCCCAAGGUGAACAAGUCCAGCCCUGCAGGGGAUGCAUGCGUGUUUGACCUGCUCGAGACGAACUUUCUAUCAAACCCGUCCUCUUGUGCUGAGUUGGUCGAUCACAUCUGUCAGGUUGGCGAUCUCGGCACCUUCUUAAUUUUUAUUGCUGAAACUAUUCGAAACUCAUCUGCGGUUGCCCCCUCUUCUGCUGCUGACUUGGUUAGUCAAAAAGAUGCCUACUUCUGUCUUGAGAGCAAGAAUGCUGAUGUCUCCUUUAGUUAUGACAAGCUUCUGGCUAGAUUUGGCGCAUGUCAUAAGUCUGCUGAAAAGUCCAAGUUCGAAGCUACCAUGAAUGCAUACAAGUUCGGCUACUUGGACUGCUCGACUGGAAAUGAUUCAUUCUAUGCCAUUGGAGAUGGAGACAUCGAGAUGCUCUGUUCUGACUUGCUCCCUAUGCAGAGUGAGCAGGCGGUCGAAGAGGUAGCUGAAGAGGAUGAAGCAGAGGAUGAUGCAACAAAUGUGGUAGAGACAAACAUCGCAAAUCAGGCAAGUGGAGGUGUUGAGAACGUGGUUGAUCAGGCGGACGCCAAAGAUGCUAUAGAUCAGGGAUCUCCUGCUGGCGUCUUGGAGUAG